GACACAUUUCCCUUCGAUUCGACGAACGCCGCGACGACGAACAGAAACGAGGCUACGGCUCCCUCACGUAGUUAUGUAGAUAGAAUCGCUGCAGUUUCUGCCUUAUUUAAAAAAAAAAAACUGUAAAACAAAAAAUCAUGUAAAUAACAAUGUAGCACCCUAAAAAUUUGUGAUAAGUUCGACGAUUGCAAAAUGUUCGAUUAGAGAGACACGUCCAUUCAGGAACGGAGCCGAAACAGUACACGUAACACCCAGUAGAUUUUACGAAAAAAUGUCGACGUCAGCACCUGGGACGUCGUCGUCGCGACAACAGAAGCGCAUGGGCCCCGCUCCUUUCGCCUCCUUCGAGGAUCUCUCAGACGAGGUGAGAUCUCGUCUCGAGAGCCCCGAGGACAAGAGCGUGGCGGGGUCCGUGGUGCGUUUGCCCGGCAUCAGGGAAGACCUGACACCCACCACGCCGGUGAUGACCGACAGAUCGCCGUCGCCGGCGCAUCCUUGCAAAGGCAUCAGCCUCAUCGGCACGACGGCGGCGGCGCGCUCGCCCAACCCGCCCAAGAAGAACAACAUCAAGCCGCCGGCGACGCCCAGAAUAGACAUCUCGAGGGCCAGCAGCUCCUCGCACCACGACAGCAAAGACAGCAGCCCGGAGAGGGAAAUCUACGACGCGCACGAUCCCAACACCGCCAAGCUGGGGCUAGGUUUCAAGGAAGACGGCGCGUUGGACCUGCGGUCUUCCACCGAAGAGCUGGAUUUCCAGGACAUGUCGUCGAUGGAGAGGCGGCGCAGCAGCAAGGCCAGGCCGGCGUCGCCGUCCGUGCUGGAGGAGCCGCAGGCGACGCGCAAGGACUCGCAGUGCUCGGACAUAGUCCUGCUGUCGAUAUCGGGGCGCACGUCGCGGCUGUCGAGCAUCGGCAGCCAGGGCUCGAAUCAGAGCCGCCUGUCCAACGCCAGCCACAUGUCGAUCCUCUCCGGCCAGUCGGGCAUAUCCAGGUGCUCGUCGCCGCACAAGAUGCUGCUGGAGACGUCGUUCUGCGGCUACAAGGCCGGCGAAGCGGCCGAGAAGGCCGAGGAAAGUUACACAGGGACCAAAGUCGAGAGCGAGGUGUUGGAGAAAGUUCUGCUCUCCAGAAAGCACGAUCCAACUGAAGCAAUAUUAGCAGAAGGAAUUUUAGUGGAGAAGGCGCAACCUUUAACAGCGAAAACCCGAGCGGAGAAACCUCCGAGAAAGCAAGACUCCAAGGAGAUUAUAACCAGUGAUAUUAUCAUUACAGUGGACAAAUCGGGAAACGAAAGCAAUAAUACUACUAAGGUAAAAAGCCGGUUCGUGGCCGAAAGCGGCGUCGAAUACUACUACAUACCGUUGAAAGGCCCUCUACCACCGGACCUACCCAAACCGGCGACGGGCCCGCAACUCUCUAAAACCAAACUCCGCGAAGUGAAAUCCGCCAAUUUCCAAUCCAAAUCGACGCAUAGUGGCAAAUCCAAAGUACCUGAAUCGAAACCUAGAUGUAAAUCCGCCACUCCGACUCCAUCGCCUUCCAUCAGCAAAAAAGAGGAGCCCACCAGGAGCAGAACCCAAGAGCCGAAAUACAUCAGAAUCAAGCUGAAGCCGGACAGAUGCUACCCGAACGAGCCGGAGAUCCACAAACCGGACACCCUGCAACUCGACUCCGUCGAACCGGAUUCAAACAGCUUCAUCACGAAAGCCGAUGAUAAAAUACACAGCGCCGUAACGAACGGCAGCCCGAAAAUCAUCACGACGUCAACAGAGGAGCGCAUCGACACCGUCACGCCGUCUCCCUCCAUCUCCAGGCGAUCGUCCUUCGCCUCUCUCUUCAAGAGCAAAGACGCCAUCAUCAGCCCGGAAUCGCCGUCCGUGCCGGGCUCCAGCCGGCGCAAAACCACCAUAACCGGCAUACUGAAAGAGGCCGGGGACAAUCUGCGCUCGAGGAGCCGGUCGAAGAGCCGCGACAGGGACAGCCACAAGUCCGUCUCGACGGCGCCCUCGUCCACCGAGAGCAUCGACCUCAAGUCCAAGAACAAGUCCGUGUUGUCGCUGUUCAAAGGCAAGAAGGACAAGCCCAAGUCGGAGUCGGAGACGAGCUCGCAGGAGACGAUCCGCAGCGGAGACGGCCCCGCCAAGUUGGAGUUCGCCUCCAAGUCGUCGUACUACGAGAACCCUUUGGACUGCGCCACCGUGCGCAUACCGCUGCACUCGCCUACGUACUACGAGAACCGGAGCAUCUCCGAUUGGAAGACGUCCAGCCAGGACUCGCAGGAGACCGUCAUCGAGAACGUCAGUAAAAGGGCGAACGUGGCGGUGGAAGAGGUUCCGAAAGCGGAGGAAACGGGCAAGACGGUGAGGCAGAGCAGCACGAGCAGCGAAAAUAUCGUUUUCUCGACGAAAUUAGGCAACGACAACGAGGUGUUCACCACGAAGCUGCCGAAGAAGUUGCCCAGCGAUGACGCGCCGAAAGUUAUCAACGGGAUCAAAGAAGUGGUGGAGUUGCACGUGGAGGAGCCACCCGAAGAACCGCCGAAGAUACAAGAAAAAGCUGUUGCUAGUAGCGUAAAAGAAGUAGACCAAGAGCCUAUUAAAGAUAAGAGAAUAUCCCAAAUAUCUGAAAUAUCUCAAAUAUCCGUAGGCGCCGUCAGUUCGGUGAGCUCUCUCACGGAGGACCACAAUUCGUCGGAAUCGGAGAAAGACGUCGACGACAACGCCAAGGCGAAAAACGAACUGAAACUCGACCUGGACGUUACGGAAAUCGAAAGGAAGGCCAUCGUGCUGCAGCAGGACUCGUUCGAGGACGAGCUGCCCUACGUGCCGACCACACUGCCGCAGGAACGCUCCGCCGCCCUACCGAUAGUGCCCGUCAAGCAGCGAUCGACGUUCGACAUGAAGACCUGCCCGAUCGAACGGCCGCGCUCCACCACGCCCAUCAACCCCAGCUGCCUGGAGGAGUACUGCGAAGAGGUGAUGGGCAACUUCAACGUCGACAGCGUCACCAGGACGAUCGAGAAGCUGCGCAUAUCGCUGCCGCGCAACGAGUCCUUCGACAAAACGGCCAAGGUGAAGUCGCCGCGCAAGAAGGAGUUCAACGCCAACUGGUCGGAGUUCGCGGAGGGCGGCAUAGCGUCGCGAGCGACGCCCGGCGAUACGCCGACGCCGCCGCCGCCGCUGCCGCCCAAGGCCGUCCAGACGUCGUGGAUCAACUUCGAGGAUAUACCGGAGAAGCGGAAGGCGCCCAAGCGCAUCCAGACGAUACCGUCGCGCGGCUACAUCGAGGUGCCCGAGGGGGUGUUGCAGGAGAGCGUCGUCUACAGCUACGUGAAUCCGGACGAGUGCAAGUGCGAGUGCCACGAGUUGAACGCGAAGAAGCGCGAGAAGCGGCCCAAAGAGCCGGAGCCGCUCGUGCAGGAGGACGAGCUGCCGUUGCUCGACGAUGAUAAUGUUGAUGAUGAUAAGACGGCCACGGAUGGUACCGAGAGGGUUAAACUCGACGUCUCCGUGUCGGAUUGUAGAAGUAUUAUUAGUGAUUCUUCAGUGGAUUUGAGCACAAGCAUUGAUACACACGAGGCUAGUGCUAAAGAGCUCACACUAAGAACUCCAUUCACCAGUGAUUUAGGAUUAUCCAGCAAUAGGUCUAGUGUUGCGUCCCAGGACGACCACCAAUCUCCCGAAUCGCCAAAUGCCUUUCCGAAAAUAUCUUAAGAAUCGACUUAUUCCAAACAUUUUGAAUAUUUUUCAGUGUUUUUUAUUUCUAUAUAGUAAUCGUAUAAACCAAAAACUCUUCCCAACACUUUGUCAUUUAGGUCCUAAAGGAAUUAUUUACGAAGUGUUCGGUGUACCGUAGAUUGAACUGUUGGAAAGUCGGAUUUAAUUUGUCAGAAAAAGCAAUGAAAACUAAAAAAUAAGGUAAUAGGCGAGUGAAAGAUUUAUCAAUAAUUCGCCAUACUUUUGAAAAACGUUGGAUUAGAAUUUCUAUUGCUUUAAAAAAAUGGAUUAAGCGAGAAAAUCCAAAACGAAACGUAAAACACACAUUUAUUAAACAACGUUUAAAUAUCAUUUCCAAGAUGAAGUACCUAGACAAGCGCAUAACUACGAAACCAAUAAGUAUUUUAAAACUGAAAAGACUAAUAUAAUGGUGCCAUGAAACUAUACAUUAAAACGAAUUAAAUCUGACUUCGAUCUGCGCAAUAAUAAUCGAAGAAAACCGACAACAAAUAACGCCUUUGUAUAAAUGUGUCAGUAGUUAGUGGUAAAUUUUUGAUUCGAUAAAUAAGUUGUUUAUAGAGAAGUUCAACCGUACUCGACGGAAUCGCGCGCUUCGAUGGCAUCAAUCACUUUCGAAGAAUUUCAUAGAUUUUAAGUAUAAGCUAUCGAUCGAUUUGGGCGAUUUCGGCGAGCGGGCUCUCGAGCGACGGUUAAUCUUUCGUUGAAUAUAUUAGGUAUGAUUAUGGAUAAUGUUGUCUAAAUUAUCAGUCGUCAUUUUAUCAUAUAUUAUUCGUAUUUAAAGGGUUGUUCUGUGUGAUGAAGAGUUGUUCGUGCCAGUUGAAAGAGCGCAGGUUUUGUUCCUAUUGUUCCUUGCACUGCAAUCAUCAUAUCAAGUACUUUUGUAGGAGACAAUGAUCCUGAAAGCUGCCAAGUCUUAGUUUUGAAAACUAAGCAAACUAGGGUUACUUAGGUUUUAGUUAGACCUAGGAUUUUGUGGGGCACGGUACUAUAUGGAUUCAGUAUUUGCACAUCAGAGUAUAUAGGUGCUACUAAAAUACAAAUGUUUCAUUACUUGAUCAAAUUUUUUGCUAUGUUUGAAAAUAGACUUUGAUUAAGUUACGAUGGAGAAUUGAGGGCUAAAGUUU